UGCCGGUGCCGGUCCCGCCGGGCCGGUCUGUGCGGCGGCUGCCGGCGCUGCUGGGCGAGGUCAGGGAAAGUCCAUGUGAGGAGCGGCUGGAAUCACUUCCUGCCGCCGCCCGGCCCCGCCGCGUCAGGCCCAGGGCAGCCUCGGGGGCCGGCGCCCCGCAGAUGUGCCCUACUUUGGAUAUUCCUGCAUUGAAUGUCUGAGGAGCUCCAGCCGAUCCUGAGCCAUGUCGCAGAUGUUGCACAUAGAGAUUCCCAACUUCGGGAACACCGUUCUGGGCUGCCUGAACGAGCAGCGGCUGCUGGGGCUGUACUGCGAUGUCUCCAUCGUGGUGAAGGGCCAAGCCUUCAAGGCUCACCGGGCCGUGCUGGCCGCCAGCAGCCUCUACUUCCGAGACUUGUUCAGUGGGAACAGCAAAAACGCCUUUGAGCUGCCGGGGACCGUCCCCCCCGCUUGCUUCCAGCAGAUCCUGUCCUUCUGCUACACCGGCAAGCUGACCAUGGCGGCGAGCGAGCAGCUGGUGGUGAUGUACACGGCGGGCUUCCUGCAGAUCCAGCACAUCGUGGAGAAAGGGACGGACUUGAUGUUCAAGGUCAGCUCUCCCCACUGUGACUCUCAGACCACCAUGAUCGAAGACCCCAGCUCGGAGCCGCAGAGCCCCUGCAACCAGCUGCAGUCGGCCUCGGCGCCCUACGUCAUGUCCCCCUCCAUGCCCAUCCCGCUCCUCACGCGCGUCAAACACGAGAACCUGGAGCUGCAGGCCCUGCCCGGCCUGCCCGGCAAGCGGCCCCUGGAGCCCGGCGCGCGGGACGGGCCCGGCGGCGCCGGCGGCGCCAACACAGGGCCCCUGAAGCUGUCGCGCGUCUCCUACUACGGGAUGCCCAACCUGGCCACCCUGAUCCCCAACGUGCAGCAGGUGCAGUACUCGCAGGGGGAGCGCACCAGCCCCGGCGCCAGCAGCAUCCCCACCACCGACAGCCCCACCUCCUACCACAACGAGGAGGACGAGGAGGACGACGAGGCCUACGACACCAUGGUGGAGGAGCAGUACGGGCAGAUGUACAUCAAGUCCUCGGGAGGUUACUCUGUUGCCCAAGAGAAGGCAGAGCAGAUCCCACUGGAGAACCGCUCCUGUGUCCUGAUCCGACGGGACCUGGUGGCUCUCCCUGCCAGUCUCAUCAGCCAGAUCGGGUACCGCUGCCACCCAAAGCUCUACUCCGAGGGAGAUCCUGGAGAAAAACUCGAGCUUGUUGCAGGCUCAGGCGUUUACAUCACCCGGGGGCAGCUGAUGAAUUGCCAUUUAUGUGCCGGUGUCAAACACAAGGUCCUGCUGAGACGUCUCCUGGCCACCUUCUUCGAUCGGAACACCCUUGCCAACAGCUGUGGAACUGGAAUCCGGUCCUCCACGAGCGAUCCCAGCAGAAAACCCUUGGACAGCAGGGUCCUUAAUGCAGUCAAAUUGUAUUGUCAGAAUUUUGCCCCGAGCUUUAAGGAGAGCGAGAUGAACGUGAUCGCGGCCGACAUGUGCACCAACGCGCGGCGCGUCCGCAAGCGCUGGCUGCCCAAGAUCAAAUCCAUGCUGCCCGAGGGGAUGGAGAUGUACCGCACCGUCAUGGGCUCCUCCACAAACACUGUCCCCCUGGAGCCCGACUUCCAGCCCAACACUGCUCAGGUCUUCGAGCAGCGCAUCUAUGCAGAGAGGAGGAGCGACUCGGGGACUAUAGUAGCCUUGAGAACUAACACAGUGAAUGUAGAGCUGAGCAAUGGAUCCAACCAGUCCUUCGAGCAGAGCGAGGAUGCCGAAGGCGCCGGCUCCGUGAUCCAGGAGGCAGCUGCCACAGAUGCCAUGGCAUCGGAAACCCAAAGCACUCCGCAACCUUUUGAACAAGGUUCGGGCUCCUCCAGCCGGCCCGAAACCCCCGUGAGAAGACAAGAUGGUACUUAUGGAGGGACUUUAUAAAGAGAGCAAACAUUUCAUGACCUAUAAGGGAUCUGUAAUACUAAAGCUGCUUGCAUGCAUUACUAAUACAAAACAAAAAAUGUGAUCAAGCCACUUACCUACUGAACUGCUACUGUUGCCUGAAAAAAAUGUGAUUUUUAUUCUGCUUGUAUUUAAAAUUUAUGAAGGAAAUAAUCGCAUUCGUUAUACUGUAAACGACUAGGUCUGUGGCGACCUACUUAAAAAAAUAUUGGGCUCCUUUUUUGAUAUUCCUGAGGUUAGUCUAUAAGAUUGUAGCUUUUUUUUUUUUCCUUUCUUUUCCUUUUUUUUUUUUUUGGGUUUUUGUUUGUUUGUUUGUUUGUUUUAAGAAGGGGAGGAGAAAAGCUAGCCACCCCCCACCCACCACCACCCCGUCAUCACCCCAUCCAUCACUCAGCUCAGAAGUAAAGCCAUGGUUAACCUUGUCCUCUAA